AUGUCGUCGGCAGCACCGGCUGUCCCAGGAUCGACACCCGGUCGCGAUGAGAACAUCCGGUCGGAAGAUUGGCCCGAAGAGGUCAACGCGCAGUACAAUACGGACAACGAGCGCGUUCAAUUCAGCGGGGAUGGAUUGGAUACCGGGGUCCGAGUAUUAGGCGAUGGGCGCAUAGACAUCCAAAUCAACGAACACAGGCCCAGCAUCGCCGGGCUCCUGAGCCAUCUCCAGCAGACCCCGCAACCCUCCGAGCUAGAAGAUCUAUCCGAGAAAGACGGCGCAAAGGCACCCCCAAAAGAAGAGGGGAAGUAUUUCCCCCUACACCUAAACAUCGUCAUCCAAGUGAUCGGCUCCCGCGGCGACAUCCAGCCCUUCGUCGCAUUGGGCAAAGAGUUGAAAGCGCACGGGCAUCGCGUGCGACUAGCCACCCACCUGGCGUUCCGCGAUUUCGUCCUCGAUGGCGGGCUGGAGUUUUUCAACAUUGGCGGCGAUCCCGCAGAAUUGAUGGCCUUCAUGGUCAAGAAUCCAGGACUAUUACCAGACCUUCGCACCAUCCGAAGUGGAGCUAUCCAGAAGCGGCGGCGCGAGAUGAAGCAGAUUAUCAAUGGGUGCUGGAAAUCGUGUUUUGAGACGGGUGAUGGGACGCAUCUUCACCAAAUCAAGGAGGAUCCUUGGAGUGAUACUGUCGACUAUCGUCGGCGGCCCUUUGUUGCGGAUGCGAUUAUCGCCAAUCCGCCCAGCUUGGCUCAUGUCCACUGUGCGCAACGCCUGGGGAUUCCUCUGCACGUUAUGUUUACAAUGCCAUGGUCCCCUACUCAAUCAUUCCCGCACCCGUUGGCUAUCAUCCACCAGCAGAAUUGCAAACCCACCGUCGCCAACUUCGUCUCUUAUGCCGUCGUUGAUAUGAUGGUCUGGGAGGGUCUCGGCGACAUCGUGAACAAGUUCCGCAAGUCGUGCUUGGCAUUGGAUCCAUUGGAUAGCAUCACGGCGCCGAGCUUGAUCCACCGGUUGCAAGUCCCGUGUGCAUAUCUCUGGUCUCCCGCGCUACUAGGCAAGCCCCGCGACUGGUCCGACAACAUCGACAUCUGCGGGUUCAGUUUUCUUCCAUCCAAGUCGGACUACACGCCCCCAAAAGAGAUCGAUAACUUUCUCAAGGCUGGCCCAGCACCGAUAUACGUCGGAUUUGGCUCAAUCGUUGUCGAUGACCCAAUCAGACUGACCAAGAUCGUAUUCGAGGCCGUCAAGAAUACAGGCCAGCGAGCAAUUGUCUCCAAAGGCUGGGGCAAUCUCGGCGUCGACGACAUGGAGAUCCCAGACAACAUCCUAAUCAUCGGCAGCUGUCCGCACGACUGGCUCUUCCGCCAGGUAUCAUGUGUCAUCCACCACGGAGGCGCGGGCACGACGGCAGCCGGACUUGCACUGGGCCGCCCAACCAUCAUCGUCCCUUUUUUCGGAGACCAGCAGUUCUGGGGAGGAAUAGUAGCCAGAGCCGGAGCCGGCCCGACCCCGACCCCGCAUAAGCAGUUGACUGCAGAGAAGUUGACCAGUGCAAUUGAAGUGGCACUGCAAUCUACGACGCGGGAGAAGGCACAGGCAAUUGGAGAGAAGAUGCGAAAGGAAGCCGGCGUCCAGGACGGCGUGCGCAGCUUCCAUCGACAUCUUGACCUGCAGGCGCUUCGCUGCGCCAUAUGUCCUACUCGACCUGCUGUGUGGCAUCUCAAGCACACGGAAAUUGGCCUCAGUGCCUUUGCAGCGGCAGUCCUUGUGGAGAUGGGGAGGAUCAAGCCGGAUGACUUUGUUCUACAUCGUCCAAUGGAAUAUGAUACAUACCGCGAUCCCGCGGGACCACUCAGUGCAAGCGCUCAGGUGCUAUUUGGCGCCAUUGCUAAUUUCAUGAUUGGAAUAGCAGAUGUGCCUGCGGAGAUCGUCAGUGAUCUGGUUACCGCCGGUCGUGCCCUAGGCCAUCCGCAUGAACACAUUGAUCCCUAUGCUGCGUGUCGCACCAGUAGGGAAAGGCCAGUCGGAAGUGGAGAAAAUGACGGAGAACAGCCCGAUGAAGAUCGAGAAGAGGAAGAGAAAGAGGAACGACAUGACAGAUCAGAGCAAGUGGCAGACGAAAGCGACACCUCGGAUGAAGACUCGACCAGUGACUCGGACGACCAACCCAUAGCCAACAACCUGACACCAGAAGGAACGGAAAAAAGACGAAGCCUGGAGCUGGAGAAGCAACAGACCAUGAGCAGCAAGAUCCCGCAAUCCAGAUCCCCACACCCUCCUGUCGGAGGCGGGAAUACACGGAGGCAAGAUGUUGAAGAAGUUUUUGAAUCUUGUCAUUUGGUUACCGACAGAUCUGUCGCUCAGCUUGGCCAAAGGUCAACUCCGAAGGUGAUUGGUAUCCAGAGUGGUUUUAAAGCUGCUGGCAAGGAGCUGACAGACGGUUUCUACUAUGGUAUUACCGGUCUCGUCACCCAGCCCCGGUAUGGCCUGAAGCACAAAGGGGCCAAAGGCAUGAUCAAGGGGGUUGGGAAAGGCGUCGGUGGAGUCAUCCUGAAGCCUCCAGCAGGUCUCUGGGGUCUAGCAGGCUACCCUUUGAGUGGACUACGCAGGUCACUCUUGGAUUCACUGGGCAAAUCCCAGGAAGGGCACAUUGUCGUCUCUCGCAUCAAACAAGGCCACGAAGAGAUGAAAGCGUCCUUGGCCGAAGAGCGGGCGGAAGUGGCUCGGAAAUGGAUUGCCAUUGAAGAGACAUUGCAGAAAACAAAACGACAUAGUUGUUUGCAUACUAAUGGACAUACCGCAUGA